CGAGCUGCUUCUGAAGCCAGAUGCUCAUUUAACAGAGAACAGUCAGACGGCAGGAGUCUCUACAAUAAUGGAAAAAAACGCAGAGGUGUUAGUAUAUGGCUCUUCAAUUAUGAAGGAUGUCUGGGAAAUCAGACUGAGGGAGCAUCGACAGAAACGACAGCUGGAAGAGGAGAGGGUACGGAAGAGUGCUCUGGAAAGAAUCAAUCAAGACUGGCAGAUGCGCAUGUCCUCCAAGAUAAAAACCCCUAAAAGACUGGAGAGAAAAGCAAAGGUUCCUGAAGAAUCAACUCUUGAUGCACACAAGGCUAAAAAGACACACCUGGGAAGGCCUCAAGGUUUCCAAAGUAGUCGUAUUCAGAGGCAAGUGGACGUGACGAAAACAACCAAAGCCAACAAACUAGCCCUGUUACGUCACCUCAAUGAAAGCUGCCCGGGAUUGAUGGUGUGGUCCAAGUCUUGGAAGUUCUCGAAGCCUUUACCACAACCUGAAGAAAAUCCCUGUGCGUUCGACUGGGGACAGCCAUGGAAGUUUCUCAAUCUUCAGCCAAUCACUGACGGUAAACCCUGGUUUGAUCUUGGGUUUGACACCAACAACAAUAUGAGCUCCAAUGACAUGUUUCUGUGGGAGACGCUCAGCAAAGCAUUUGUCUCCGAGCUCAAUCAACAAGCUCUGGCUGAAACAGGAUGGGAGGAGUCUUGGAUUUUCACUCAGAAACCAAAAGAGUCUCACGAAGGCACUAAUAAAAGUGAUAGCAACACAUUUUACAACCUGUGGAGGGAUCAGAAUCAGGAAAGUGCAUCAGACUGGCACGAAUCCUGGAAGACAAUGAAGCCUGUGAAAGGAGGUGAUAUCAUGCCCGAGCCCGGUUCAAUUCAGCCCUCAACUAAUGAGGAAACUCAACCUGAAUUACCAUGGGAAAAUUCUUGGAUGUACUUAAAGAAGCAGCUUCAUAUGAAGUCAAAAACAGGUAAUAACUUGGGAUGGAGUGAAUCUUGGAGGGUUGCAAAAACCAUAUCACAACAGGGGACGAAAUUAAUCGAGUCUCAAGCUGUGGUGCCUGUUGAACUGCAUCCUGACAUCUGCAACACGAUAAUGAAUGUGCCUAGAGAGAUGAAGCACACAAUUCAGUUUGGUGGGAGGGAUGCACCGCCGUCUGAUUGGGAAAAAUCAUGGACGACCAUAAAAAAUCUUUCGGAGUAUAAAGAAGAGAUAAAUAAAGCUGAAUGUGGGGAGGUGGACGUGAAGGUUGAGACACCGAAACCAGACCAUUUAAAGCAACAGAGUGAACAUGUGAAAUUCAACGUACUUGCUUUGCCAAGAAUCCAAAAGCGGGGAGAGAUGCUCCAGUUCUCUGAGCAAACGGACUGGAAGGAUUCUUGGAAGAUGCUGAAACGCCAGCGUAGAGAAGAAAGAGCAUUAAGGAACCUGAGACGUCCACAGUUUUCCUCCACAUCCCAAACUCUCACUGAAUGGGCCAGUUCUUGGAGGUUCACAAACUUACCUCUCAAUCAAGACAGCACUUUAUGGCAGCAGGGUUGGUCCGCCAAUGCUCAGCCCAGACCUAUAAGAAGAGUGCUAGAAAAUGAGGAUUUCCCGCAUAAUGGACCAGCAGGGGCUCCUACCUGGGCCGAGUCCUGGAGGACUACGAGACGUCAGCAUCUUCUGGCAAGACAUGGGCAAGGUGCAUCAACCCAGUCAGUGCGCCAACAGACAUACGCAAGAUCUGUGGCAGACUGGGAACAAUCAUGGACAUCAUCAACUCAUCAAGAUAGACCCUCAAUGACCGAGUGGACGGAUUCUUGGAGGUCCUCCAGCUUGGAGAAUGUGCAGCCUGAACAUACCUGGUUUGAGAAAUCAAUGGAAAUCAAAGGCAGAAAGGAACUUCGCAGAGCUUCAGAUGCCUUUGUGAUGACCUUCAAAGAACGACUUCCCGCGAAAGAGUGGAAUGACUCAUGGAGGGUUAAGAAGAGGUCUGAUGGUCCAGGACUUGCACAUCUCAUAAAAAAAGAAGUUCUAGAUUGGGAUAAUUCUUGGAUGUUUACUGGCACAGAGUUUUACCAAAGACAAGGUGAAUGUUAUUUGAAUUUGCGGGUAACGUCGGAUGUCAGUGGCAUUGCAAUGCUCAAAUCCGUCCAGAUCGAGAGCAGGUCAGUUUGGGGUCGAUCAUGGAAGAUGUCAAACCCACAACCACCAAAGAACAUCGCCUCAUGGCCUGAUGCAAAGCCAAAGUCAUUCAGUGCUCAAGACGUGAUCCUUUCGUCAAAACACAAACGCAUCCAUUAUUUACCUUCUGCUUUGGUCAAAGACUUGAAGCUGCAAAUCUGGGGCAAGUCCUGGAGGUUCAUGAAGAUGGACCUUGACUCAAAGCACGGGAAAAACUCUCCUGCGUCUGAGGAUGAAUCUGUGAUAAUGACAAAGGCUGCAGCAAAAAGAAAGCACAUUUACUCAAACAUAGAUCAGCAGAAACCACAACAGAAGAGAUGGAGCGAUGCGUGUAAAAUAGCAAAGACGCAACCACGACCAAGGCGUAAUGUUGGAUCUGGCAACAAGGAAGAUGAAGAUGGAAAAGGAAAGUUUGCAGAAUGGAUGGAAUCUUGGAAAUUCUCAAAUAAUUUUAAAAGCCAUGAGCCUGCAAUGGUGUCUAUAUCUCUGAGCGCUUGGGAAAACUCUUGGAAGUUUCUCCUUGAUCCGUAUGCGCCAAAGAAUGGCCCAAAAACAAGCAAAAGUCGGUAAGGAUUACCGAGAACGGAGUGCGGCUUUAGAGAAAUCAUUUAAAAUAUAUGACGAAUUAUGUUUAAAAACUUCUACCGAUUCAACCCACAAUAAAGAUGUGUAGCAAA